CUCUCCUUGUCUGCGUGCAUGCCACCAUCAUACGAAACCCGUUGUCUAGCCUCCCUUGUUGAAAAAUGCACCUCCAUAACCAGCCUCAAAAUAGCGCGUCAACUCCACGCUCUCCUCCUUACCACCACCCCAACACCCCUGGAUUCACCUGCACCAUAUCCCCAGAACAACCUCGUGUCCAUGUAUGCCAGAUGCAACUCCCUUUCCGACGCCAAGAAAGUAUUCGAUAAAACGCCCAGUAGAAAUGUAGUUUCAUACAAUGCGCUUAUUUCAGCGUAUUCUCGAGCUCCGAACCAUGCUAAUUUAGCCUUUAGCUUGUUUUCCCAGGUGGGUUUCGAGUCUUUAAGGCCAAAUGGUGCCACAUUCACGAGCUUGCUACAAGCUGCUUGUUUGGUUGAGGAUAGGUUGAUUGGUUCUUCGAUACAUGCUCUAGUUGUGAAGUGUGGAUUUCUGGGUGAUGUUUGUAUUCAAACUUCAUUGCUUGGGAUGUACUCGAAUAGUGGGGAUUUAGAAUCUGCUAAUGAAGUUUUUGGUUGCAUAAACGGCAAGGAUGUUGUUGCUUGGAAUUCUAUAAUGUUUGGGAACUUGAAGAAUGAAAAGAUAGGGGAAGGGCUGGCUCUCUUUUUUUAUAUGGUUAAGUAUGGGGUUUUUCCAUCUCAAUAUACGUAUUCAAUGGUGUUAAAUGCUUGUGGUAAGGUGGGGAAUUAUGGUUGUGGGAAAGUUAUCCAUGCCCGAGUUGUUGUUUCGAAUGUAGUAGUUGAUCUACCUUUGCAAAAUGCCUUGCUUGACAUGUAUUGCAAUUGUGGUGACAUUGAAAUGGGAUUGAACGUUUUUAGUAGGAUUGCAAACCCUGAUUUGGUUUCUUGGAACUCAAUGAUCGCGGGAUUGGCAGAGCAUGGUGAUGGAAUGAAGACAAUGGAGCUGUUCGUCAAGUUGAAAGGAGUGUCGUUUCCCAAGCCUGAUGAGUAUACUUUUGCUGCUGUCAUUUCUGCAACAAGUGCACUCUUAGCGACUGAUUAUGGGAAGCCCCUGCAUGGUCAAAUUACAAGAACAGGAUUGGAAAGUUGUGUUUUUGUAGGAACCGCGCUUGUGUCCAUGUAUUUCAAAAAUGGUGAUAGUGAAUCUGCUCAGAUGGUUUUUUGUAUGAUCCUGAAAAAAGAUGUGGUUCUGUGGACUGAAAUGAUUAUGGGUUAUUCCAGAAUGGCUGAUGGGGAGAGUGCAAUUAGAUUGUUCGUUAAAAUGUGUCAAGUGGGGCAUAAGACGGAUAGCUUUGUUCUCAGUGGAGCAUUAAGUGCAUGCGCUGACCUUGCAAUGUUGAAACAAGGUGAGAUGCUUCAUUCUCAGGCUAUAAAAGCUGGAUAUGAUGUUGAAAUGUUUGUUUGUGGUAGUCUGAUAGAUAUGUAUGCCAAAAAUGGGAGCCUUCAAGCUGCUCGAUCAAUAUUUUCUUUGAUUUGCAACCCUGAUUUGAAGUGUUGGAAUGCAAUGCUUGGGGCAUAUAGCCUCCAUGGAUUGACAGAAGAUGCAUUGGAGCUAUUCGAGGAGAUCCUAAAAAAUGAACGAAGACCAGAUCAAGUAACAUUUUUGUCUCUACUAUCUGCUUGUAGCCACGGUGGCUUGGUUGAAAGAGGAAAGUUCUUGUGGGGAUAUAUGAAGGAAAAUGGUUGCACAGCAGGGCCCAAGCACUAUUCUUGCAUGGUGAGUUUGCUUUGUCGGGCAGGAUUAUUGGAUGAGGCAGAGAAAAUAAUCACAGAAUCACCUUACAGUGAAGAACAUCUGGAACUCUGGAGAACUUUGCUAAGCUUUUGUGUCACUUACAGAAACUUGGAAAAAGGAGUACAUGCAGCAGAGCAAGUCUUAAAAAUAAAUUCAAGAGACAGUGGAACCCAUAUCUUGCUUUCAAAUCUUUACGCAGCUACAGAGAGAUGGGAAGGUGUCGCAGAAAUGAGGAGAAAGAUAAGAGACUUGACAUUGGAAAAGGAUCCUGGGCUAAGCUGGUUUGAAGAUAAGAACAAUAUUCAUAUAUUCUCUUCUGGAGAUCAAUUGCAUCCCCGGUUUAAUGAUGCACAAGCUGAACUGCAUAGGCUACAAGGGAACAUGAUAAGAUCAGUAACAGAUGACUUCGUUUCAAGUAUUUAGUUUAACAUGAGAUAAAGAGUCGGCUGGAAAACUGAGAAGCUUGCAUAUUGUUACUGGAAGUAACUGCUCGUCCUGGCAGGUGAGGCUAUUAUAGAAACCAGCAAAAGCUUACCCUUCACCUUAGUGUGUGCUGUGAGCUUAGGCUUGAUUAUCUGGAUCCAUUGAGUAGGAUACUAACACAAAAUUGUUGCAAAUUACUCUAUUUAUCCAACAACCAAAUUGGGAAUAUGUAUAAAUUCCCACUAGAUUUCCAGAAUUUUGUAAUUGUUAGCUAUAAAAAACCAUUAGCGGGC